AGCCCCCACCUGUCCUUUGUCGUGCGGCUCUCGUUCGCGCUCCCCCUUGCCUCCGUCGGCCCUUCUCACUCGCAUCUCUUGCCUUUCUCACUCGCAUCUCCCGCCCUCGCUACGCGUCGAGGUAAAAUGCAGCGGCCUCGCCGCAAGGUUUUCGAGCUCUGCACGAUUCCCCUCGACGAUCAUAGUGGUGGAAACGAGAAUGGAGGGGGUAGCGCAGAUCCCCCCUUGCCCAUCCAUCCCCCCUCUCAUAGGGUCCCUCUCCCUCUUGUGUGCUCUGCACCCGACUUCAUCCGAUUGCUACGUCGCGCGGAUCGCAUCUUGAGGCGUCAAUUGGUGUCAUAG